GUCACCUUCGACCACGGCGGCAACGUGCCAUACAUCGAGGGUCAGUCCAUUGGCGUGAUUGCUCCAGGACCUGACAAGAAGGGCGAGACUCCGGCCAGGAUCCGCCUCUACUCCAUCGCUUCCUCCGCCGUGGGCGACGACGAGACCUCCAAGACAGUCUCCCUUUGCGUGAAGCGCGUGGUUGAGGCAGGGUUUGAUUUGAAGAGUUGCCAUUACAACACUUGUCGAUAUUAUGAGUGGACGUAG